AUGAAACCAUACCAGUACCAACCACUUGUUCAAAAAGACGCAAUCCGACUCAUUGGCCUCCAGCCUUCUCCAGAUAAAGAAGCGAAAGUGCGUUGCAAGAUCGUUCACACAACACUCAGCGCAUGUGGGUAUGAUAUAAUCGAUCACUACACUGCUCUAUCGUAUGUUUGGGGCAACGCAAGCAAAACGGUCAAGAUAGAGGUUGAGGGCCGUGACCUCGACGUUACGGUCAAUCUUGAUUCAGCCUUGCGUCACAUGAGGGAUGCUGUGAGAUCGAGAUGGGUAUGGGCUGAUGCAAUAUGCAUCAAUCAGCAGGAUAACGAGGAGAAGGGACAUCAGGUUGGGCAGAUGGCUGAAGUAUACAAAAUGGCUCACCACACGAUCAUCUAUCUAGGCCACUCUAAUACUGAUCUGGACAAGUGGAUAACAAUCAUGACAAGUCAGGACGUGUUGCAAACGCUAGACCAAGGUAGAUUGAAGGCAUCUGAAAGUCACGAACUGGAUUUCUUCCGAACCCAAACUCGAUUAGCCCUCCAACGAGAUUGGUUCAAACGAGUCUGGGUACUCCAAGAACUCGUGUUCUCCAAAGACCCUUAG